AUGGACUCCCUACCAUGCAUGUCCACAUACUCUCCGAAUCUAUUUGCUGGCCGUGCUUUUCCUGAAAUACCUCAGCAUCAAUACUUGGCCCUAGCCGUAGCGCCGCUCCCCGGACCGUUUGACACGGCCGCGUUGACGGAAACAUACUCAGACCAUCGGUUUCAAUCUCAAGGCGCGCCAGUUUAUUCGAAUCUAUCGCGCACACCAGUGGUUCCGAGUGCGCCGCCUACUGCCUUCUUUCCGCGGGACCAUAUGCAAGCAACACAAUUCGACGGUAAUCCAACACACAUGCGUUAUGUUGUUAGUUCGGCCACUCGACCACCUCUACGGAGAAAAGAUUCAUACUAUUCAUACAUGCCUCCAGAUCUCCAUGUGUCUUACGGAUGGAAAUUAGGCCACAUGGGAGAUAGCGCACAUUUCAAAGAAUGUAGAGGGAGUAGUCACGCCAUGUCUUUUGGUGUCCGGGCAGCUACGGGGAUUCCUGUCACAACAGAAAACCUAAACCCCAUGGCGGACGAAUUCAAUUUCUCAAGGGAUUUAAGUGAAACGGGCCGGGAGAUAGAAAAAUAUGAUUCACAAGAAGACUUGAAUUCUAAUGGGAAAGCUGCCGCUUCAGCGUCAUCCUCCAGUCCAGUGAAUGAUCCUGAUCAAACCAAAAACCAGAGAGAGCUGAGGAAAACUUUGCAAGCUCCCCCCUCCAAAAUCGGUGAAGUGCAUGGGCCGGACAUUGAUCACCCCCCUGAGUUCAAAAUUGACUCACAUAUAAUGUACGAUGGGGGAGUUACACCGGACAUCGGAAAGGGUUUCAUAGAUUCUUGCAAACAUUGUCUCAGGAAAUCCCUUCACAUUCGGUCACCUACCGCUGAUGAGAACGACUCCAAGGAAUCUGUAAAGGUUCAGGUGAGUUUGCAUCAGAUGCCUUCGUUAAUCGAUAGCCUUGCACUAAACUAA